UAAUGCGCGUAACGUGGCGCCCCUGUUUCGCGAGAUGAGAUUUGUGACGUCAGGCUUAGCAUCCCGGAAGAAUUCAAGGAACUAGUUGUUACCGACGCUGCGGGACGUUUAUAUGAUGUGCCGGGAGUGCGGGGGGCUGCGUUAGAAACACCGGAACUGUCGGGCGGGAUGGAAUAGCGAUGAGACUUGUGACAACUCCAACAACAGGACAUCAGACAGAAACCCCCACAUUCCAAUCAACGUGGCUCCUCUUUCAGGUCUCUGGGAGGCCUCAGCAGUUAAAUGAAUUCUGUGUCCCCUCUGGCCACACAGUAUGGAAGCCCCAAAGGUUCACAGCAGAUGGAGAACCGCAGCACCCAGAGUGGGGGCCAUGAGCAGAGAAAGAUGGGCCACCAAGAUGCCACUCCAGACGGAGAAGCUGACGAAGUGGAUAAACUCAAGAGCAAACUGCUGUCCGCUUGGAACAAUGUCAAGUAUGGGUGGUCAGUGAAAAUGAAAACCACUUUCAGCCGCUCUGCACCUGUGUAUUUGCUGGGGGAACGUUACUUCUUCAGGCUGGAUGAUGAAAUUGAGCGGUUUCAGAAGGAUUUUGUGUCCCGGGUGUGGCUGACGUAUAGACGCGAUUUUCCUGCACUUGAGGGCACAGCACUCACUACAGACUGUGGCUGGGGCUGCAUGAUCAGGAGUGGCCAGAUGUUAUUGGCACAAGGUCUGCUCCUGCACCUGCUUUCCCGAGAAUGGACGCAUGGUCAGUAUAGGCUUAUAACCGUAACACUUUGAGUAGGAAAUGGAACCCCGAUCUCGACUCUUGCAGUUCCACCCAGCAUGCCCCUCUCCUCCUUGGCCACAGGCCAUUCAGCGGGUGACUAUCAGCCCCGCACUCAAUGUUCAGGAGCCCCUCAUGGAGAUCAAGUCCAUCGGAAUAUAAUGCGCUGGUUCUCAGAUCAUCCAGGCUCCCCUUUUGGGCUGCACCAGUUGGUGACAUUAGGAAGCAUCUUUGGCAAGAAAGCAGGAGACUGGUAUGGCCCCAGUAUUGUGGCUCACAUUAUAAAAAAAGCAAUAGAAACCUCGAGUGAAGUCCCAGAACUGUCAGUUUAUGUGUCUCAGGAUUGCACAGUGUAUAAGGCAGAUAUUGAGCAGCUCUUUGCUGGAGACGUUCCACACGCGGAGACCAGCAGGGGUGCUGGGAAGGCUGUCAUUAUCCUGGUGCCUGUGCGUCUGGGCGGAGAAACCUUCAACCCAGUUUAUAAACACUGUCUCAAGGAAGUUCUGGCGGAAUUGCCAUCCUGUUUUGGGCAUCUAAUUGGAGGAAAAACCUAAAACAACUCACGCUCUAUGUUUAUUGGAUACAAGGAUAGUUACCUGUUGUACCUGGAUCCACAUUACUGUCAGCCGUACAUUGAUACGAGUAAGAAUGACUUCCCAUUAGAGUCUUUCCACUGUAACUCUCCUCGCAAAAUCUCCAUCACCAGAAUGGAUCCCAGUUGCACCUUUGCUUUCUAUGCCAAAAACAGCGAAGACUUUGGUAAACUCUGCGACCAUCUAAUGAAGGUGCUGCACUCCCCCCGUGCCGAGGAGAAAUAUCCCAUCUUCAGUAUCUCAGAAGGACAAGCUCAGGAAUACGCUGAAGGGCCGCAGAGCUCCUCUCACCCCCCUGUGUGUCGCAAGAAAGGGCCGCUAGUGAAGAGACCCAGCUCAGAUGAGUUUGAAUUCUUAUAAAGUGCGAGUUUUCUGCCCGGGUUGUGAUGCAUCUGGGAGUCAUAAAGACACAGUAACUCCACUAAUGUCAUUGGCUGAAAAGAUCAGUCCUGUUAGGGACAAGUGUUUUAUACUACUGUUGUUAGGUCACUUAGUUACUGCUCCGUAGCUUUAUCCUUACAGGCCCCUUUACUCUUCCACUGAGCCUCUUGACUUUUUUCUUCUUCUCUCCAAUCUUUCUGGAGACUGGGGGCAACUCAUAACUAGGUUCGACUUCAACCCAAUAAAUGGCGCUUGUAGGGUGUCAUCUCUAACUGUAGGGUUAGUUUUAGUACUGUAUAUUAGAAGCCCCUUGUGCGUUUAUCAAAAGGACAAGAAAAGGCUAAAUAUAAUGAGUCCAGGAAUAAGCUUACCUUAUUAUAGUUUGUCAGUGUAGAAAUGUUGCUGAAGCAUGCCCCUAUUUAAAAGAUCCCUAGCUGAUGAUUUCCCAAUAGCUUGAAGUACAGAACGAACACUACCCAGAAGUCACUGGGCUGCUCUCAAGACCAAGGCUCUAACGCAGGGGGAGUUGGGGAGCAACACAAGCAUGAAAAAGUCCCCUGGGUGCCAAAUAAGGGCUGUGAUUGGCUAAUUGGUAGCCCCUGUGUGGACUGGCAGUCUACACGAGGCUCUGCUUGGCACUAUACUUAGUUUUUAUGCAAUUAAAACUUGCCUCCAAGCCUGGAAUUCAAAAAUUAGCACCUGCUUUGAAGACCCUGAGAGCAACAUCCAAGGGGUUGGUGAGCAACAUGUUGGGGAUCGCUGCUCUAACGCAUGUGCAAUAGCUUGUAUCUCGUUUUGGCACUUGCACAAUUGAGCGAGAAGUUUCACAAUUUACACAGUCAGCACCCUCACCUCCAAACAACUUUAGUAUGAUGCACGUCCAACGGUUUCCAGCCUCAAUCCGUUCCGGCUUGAGAAAAGACCGUGGAAGGUCUGAAACGUUGCCGGGUGUUUGGGGUCAGAGCCGAUGUCCCAAUAAAGGCUUUUUAAAGAUAACAAAUCGAUGAUUGGUGCUGUCUAUUACUGCAAUUUCAAUUGAGCGAGAAGGACAAGCAUAGUGACACAAUCCAUGUAAAAUGGCGGGCACAGUGUCCAAACAGAGCUCAAACAUACACACAGUGAUUAUUCCCUCGGCAGACGUUUAAAAAAAAAAAGUAGCGAUCUGGGAGAGCUGAAUAAGAAUAUUUAAAUGAGCUACUUUUUAAAUAUGGGCUUUCCUUGUCCUUUAAGGGCAACUCAGGGCAGCCCUGCAUACUACAAUAAAAUGCUGUCGAUUUCCUUGGACCAGCGAUGGAUCACCAUGGUAACAGUUAUCGGUUUGCAACAACUGCUGCAGGCUUGUGCUGGUGCCAUUUUCUAGCUGUUAGGAUACUGCUCUGGAAGGCAAUCAUUUGGUGGCAUACAAGGGCCAAUCAGCUGCAUUAUUCAGGGGUCUCUUCCAGCGCUCUACUACUACAGCUGUGAGGAAGGAUAGAAAAUCCAGGGAGAUGCCAAGAGCUUCUCUCCAUAGAUGGAGAUAUAACCCCUACCUGGGCACUCACAGGAUGGCCAGUGGAAUUCAUUCUAAAAUUUACUCCCAUUGAACGUAAACACUCUAAAGUGAAACCAUUGCUUUGUCUGUGGCCCUUCCAAUAUUACUGAACUACAUAUCCCAACAGGGAAGAAUGUAUACUCCCCGCAGCAUCUGACAGACGCCUGGUUACCCAUCAAUUUUUCGCAGUCCACUCCACAUAAGCCCCAUUUAUUGUGCUGAUGCUGAACUAGGUUUAUCUUGCCCUUUAACAGAAGACCACUCCCCACUGGGCAGCUCUAUUUACAGGUGUUCUCUUCCUCCUGCGUGCUUGUGGGGGCGGUGGGAAGGGUUAAUAAAGGUGGGCUGCAGAUCUCCAUGCUGGAAUCCCACGUCUCUAAGGCAAUACACUGGGUCUAUAUGUGUGUCUGUCUGUGUAUAAAUGUCCAUUUUAAACUGGAAAUAAGACAAAAGUGAAAUCUGUAUAUUCUGGCAAGUUUUUAUUUAUAUGCGGGAAAUAAACCUUUUUAUGUGG